AUGGAUGAGGGUGAAUCAUCCAAUUCUACAAUAAUCAAUCUUUUUUUGGAAUUGAAAACCCUCAUAUCAUCCACACAACCGCAAUCAAGUGCAUCUUUCGAAGUUCAAAAUUUAAAACUUAUUAAAGAACGUUUUGAAAGAAUAUUAGGAAUUACAAAUCUAUCAAAAUCAGAUAUCAAACAGAUUACUGGAUGUUUGGACUCGCUUUUAUCAAUCCUUGAUGUAAAUAUUUUACAUCAGUUCGAUUUCAAAGAAAAUUCUCAACUUAUUACUGAAAUUCUUAUUCAAAUUAUGUGCUCUCCUUACAUUGCGCAAUUAAGUAGCAAAAUUUAUCAAAUUUGUAUGACAUUUAUUUUAAAUCCAUUCGAAACUCAUAAAUACUAUGAAGAAUCCAUUCCGUUUUUCAUACUGUUUUUCCAAUCCCCAGAACUUUUUUACAAUCAGAAAGAACAUAAAUUUGUCGAAAUUUUAUUCAUAAUUUCAUCAAGAAACAACACUCUUUCAAUGGCAAAUCUACUUUUCAAAGCUUUUGUAAGCAUGUUGAGCAAAACAAAACACGACGAAUUCCAAAUCCAAGUUGCGAAAAAAAUUGCUUCGUCAUUAAACAUCGUUCACCCUUCAAACAUAUCAGCAUUGAAUGAUUUUUUAAUACAAUAUUUUUCUAUGCAGCCGAAUUCGAUUUUGAUUGUUUUUUCGGAAUUUCAAGGUUUUGAUAACUAUAAUUUCGUUAUUUUACAGGAUUUGAACGCAAAAUCAUUCGAUUUAUACAAGACAUUGUUGCAUAGAGUACGAGAUAUCGUAAAAGACCAACAAAAUCUGAUGAUAAAUUCAUUAAUUGAUAUUAUUCCAUUAAUGUCUAAACAGAAGGAAGAAAUCAUUGAGAAAUUGUUCGAAAUCAUCAUCAAGUAUCUCGAAUACAUCAGCGAUACUCAUAAAUUCGAGAAAAAACAACUUGAUAUAAUUUCAUUUGGUUUUAUUUUCCCGAAACUAUCUGAUUACUUGUUUAACAUCAUCCUCACAUUAAUUACGAAGUUCAAUUACCCUUUGAAUGAAGUAAUUCCGUUGAUAUCGAAAUAUUCAACGAUAAAAUUUGUUUUGGAAAAUAAUGUCCCGACAUUGUUGAAACUAAUUUCGUAUAUUGCCAAAAUCGAACAAAAAGAAAGUUUCGAAUUAUUAAAUGAAAUUUUCGGGAAAGCGACGGAUGAUGAGUUCGUAGCUGUAUUUGAGAAGUAUCCUACAGCAUCAACGUGUUUCAGCACGAUUUAUCGCCAAAAAGCCAUAGUUUCAGAUUCAUCAAAAUUAUUGACAAAAUUUUUGUUGUCAGGAUUGGAUAACAAGGAUUUCGAAGUGUUCUCAAAAACAUUCCAGUCAAUAUUAGAGGUCCCAUCGAUGCCGGAGAUGGUUAUUGGCUUCAUUACGAAUUUAAUUGAUAAUUACUCAUUGAUUAUGAGAAUUAUCAACGUAUUAAAAGAUUUUGCACUAUCAGAAACCAACAGUAACUCUCAUGACCUCAGAACUGGCUUGAAUUUCAUGAUUGAAUUAUUAGAUUUGAAAACUGACAAAGAUAAAGAGUCAGUGUUUGAUCUAAUCGCUGCUUUAACACGAAGGACAUUUGAUCAGACCUAUGACGAGCAGAUUAGAUAUCUUUUGGAGAAAAGAAAUUAUUUUGAUGCGAAAGAGAAGGAAAUUUCAAAGCUUGUGUAUGGUAUUUGCCAAAAUGAUGAAAUAAACUAUGAUUCAGACCAUAUUUGCUUUCCUUCUUUGAUUUCUAAAGCCGAUGAAAAAGAUAUUAACAUAAAAUCUCCUUUUGACUGCUGGGUAUGCGGCCAAUUUGCUAUAGAUACAUGGCUAAAGGACACAAACAGGCCGAUAAGUGAAUUUCCCUGCAUUUCUCAGAUUGCCAAAAGAUAUUUACUUCCAAAACACGCAAAAAUGCUUAUUGAGUAUCCUAAAACGUGUAUAAAUGCAAUAAGCUCAACCUUUGACCAACUUCCUUUGUUUGAAUUUACGAAAUCUCCUUAUUCAAAUUCAAUUUCGUUGAAUCCUGAUUUCAAAGGAGAUCCGAACAAGUCAAUGAGUUUCUGGUUUAUGUUCCACGAAUUUCCAGAACAAGCUCAAAAAAUUGUUCAAUUUCGUUGUUCAGUUUUAAUUAUUCUCAAAAACGAUCUCCUUUGUAGUGGAAAAGUCCUUAAAUCAUCACUUAUACAAGGAAAAUGGUACAAUGUAUUCAUUUCUUGUGAUGAAUCCGAGAAUAUUAAAAUUUAUUUGAAUUCUGAAUUGAUUCACGAAUUCCAAGGUCAUCCAUGCAAUUACAUUGAGUUUGGAUCGACAUCUGGUAUCCAAACAACAUGGUUUAUUGGUGGAGCAAUCAGAUUUUUCAAAGGAAAAUUACAAAACAAAAAUUUGGAUGUUUUUUCUCAAGGUGUUAAAUUUUUGUCAGAUUUUGAAAAUGAAAUUUCAAAAAUAACUUCUUAUAAUUAUGUCAACAUGGAGAGUGGCUACAUUAAUAGAACAGACAUGCAGCAAGGCUCGAUGCCUGUAAUUUCCCUUUCUUUUUCCGUUUUUGUUGAAAAUUUUGUCAAACCGUCAUAUCCGUUAUUUGACAAAAUUUUUGCCAAACUUGAGCAAGAGAAAUAUGAAGAGAUUUCCAAUUUUAUUCAAUUCAUUGCUUCAUUUUGUUCGAAACAAACCAAAUUUGACAAAGAAAAGUUUAUUUAUUUGGUCAGUUCACUUAUGUAUUUAUAUCCACAGAUUUUCACUAGGAAUGUCUUGAAUUCGAUAAUUUUGUCAAUGAACGAUAAAAGUGGCAAAUUGGAUUCAAAAUUAUUUUUUAUUUUCUUCACAGAUAUUUGUCAAAUUUUUCCAGAAAUAAGUGAAGAAAUUUUCAACAUUUCUAAGAUUCAUUUAACAGAAAUUAAUGAAAAACACUUGAAGAUAUUACAUAGAAAAUUAAUACAUAGUUAUUUAACAGAUAAUAAUCAUGAAAUAACAGAAAAAUUACUUUUAAACCUUUUAUCUCUUGUUGAAAAUGGAAAAACAAAAAGUGAAAUUGUUACUCCAUUUUUGUCACUUUUUACAUCAAGGCAAACACUUUAUAAGAAGUACUAUGAAAUUGUUAAGGAAAACAUUACAAAGGAAUUCAAGGAUUUCUAUUUAUUUGAUACUUUACAUAAUUGUGACGGUUUAGAAUUAAUGUUUGAAUAUAUUUGUAAAUUUGACGAUUAUUUUCCUCAGAAACAGAUGCAUCGGAUAUUAUCUCUUUGUUUGGAUAACGUUGAUAAUAUUUAUAGUUGGAGUACGAUAGUAACCGCUUUAAUCGGCGAAAAAAUUGACUUUACAAAACAAAUUAAUUUUGAAUUUGAAAAAGUGAACUCAAAUAUUUUACCUGCUUUUCUUUUGAUGUUUUCUGUUUUGUUGGCAAGUUACAAAUAUUUUGAUGAUACUUUUACAGCAAUUUUUAAUUCUUUGUUCGGAUUUUUGAAGUUGAUUUUUACUGAUAUAAAUGGAACAAAAAGUGACAUUUUUGCUUUGAUAAAUUUGUUAAGUUUUGGUCACUUCACUGACCAAUUAAUAUUAUAUCCGAUGGCUCCAUGGUGUUCCAAACCAGAACAAAUUUAUCAUUAUGCAUCUGAUCGAGCGAAAAAAGAGAAAAAUACUGAAACAAUUUAUUCAAAACAUCAAUUUGCAAAAAGUGAUAAAUUUAAAAUUGAGCAUUUGCAUGAAAAAAUUAAAGAAGAAAUUCAUAUUUCUUUACCUGAAAAGUUUGAAAUUAAUGAAGAAAUUGAAAUAGAACAAGAUGAAUUUUUGGAAAGUUUGAUCAAAGAUGUUUUCUCAGACGAAAAACAUUUGAUCACAAACAAAUGGAGCAAAUUCAUGAAAAAUCAAAUCAACAAAUUCGCAAUGAAAAAGAAAUCAAAUGAAGAAAUCAAAGAAAAUUCUAAAAAUUCCGAAAUAAUUUCUAAUGAAAGCAAAAAUCAAGAAAAUCAAGAAAUUUCUUUUAAUUCUGAAGGAAAUGGAAAUGAUUCUAAAAUUUCAACAGAACAAAAUAAUGAAAUUUCUAAAAUUUCAACAAACUCUUCUGAAGAGAAAAAUGAAAUUUCUCAAAGUUUGUCUGUUGAAAACAAAGAAAAAUCUCAAAGUUUGUCGGAAGAAAAUUCUAAUACUAAUGAAAAAUAUGUUAAUUCUAAUGAAAAUGAAGAAUCUAAACAAAAUAAAGGAGAAAAAAUUGCAUUAAAUGAAAGUGGAGAGUCAGUUAAAACUGUAGAAAGCAAAGUUAAUGAAAACUCUAAUUUAGAAAAGCAAGAAAAUAAUGAAAAUACUAUUUCUUCACAAGAAAAUACAAAAUCUGAAGAGAAAACCAAUGAGAAUCAUGUUCAAACAAGUAAAACAAAUCAAAAUGAAGAAAAUUUGGAGAGUUCUGUUUUGUUCCUUGACAUUAUUCAGUUUGUUGUUAAUUUCAUUUUGGAAAGAAGUGAAACAAAAGAAUUUCCUCAGAUUUUCAAAGAUAUUUUUUACGGAGUUUGUUUAUUCACUUCGAAACACGCGAAAACAGUUUGUAACAAACUUGUUUUCACUCUGUUAACUGAAUGUGCAUCAAGAAACAUUUAUAAUUUAGAUGUAAUGAUUUUCAUUGCAAACAAAUUUUACGAAGGAUGGCUUGGAUUAACUUUAGCUCCAAUUCUAAGUCUUUUCUUUUUGAUUUUGAAGCAGAACAAUGUAGAAGUUAUUCCAACAGAGAUAAAAACACUUUUGUUAAGUGGUUUUGAGUUGAUUCCUCAUGAUCAAUAUCAUAUUUUUGUUGAAUUGUUUGUGAAUUUUAAUGAUUAUAUUUUCUCAGAACAAAACAUGGCAAAUACUGGUUUUGUAAUGCUGGCAUUGCAUUUUAUUAUCAGCCAGUUCUCUUUCUAUCCACAAUCCUUUAUUAUUGUCAUACAAAAGUUUUAUGAAAAAUUACAAAUCACAAAAACUUUCAAAGAAAAUUUUGUCAAAAAUCAGAAUUUUGACAAUUUUGAUUUCAAAAUCUUUUAUGAUGCAAUAAAGAUAUUUGCGACAGAAGGAGAAAAGAAAUAUCAAGAAUGGGAGAAAUCAAACAAAAAUGCUUUUGUUGCGUUUUCAAAUUUAAGAUUGAUGUUGCAUCAAAAUUUCACUCAAUUCAACAUCACAAAACUUGAAAACUCUUUUGAAGAAACACUUGGAAUUUUGGAAACGAAAUGGGAUGAAUACAAUGAACAAGGUUUGUUGAUUAUUAAUCAAACUGAGAAAAGAUUUAUUGUUUCUACUUCUAUUUACAUGAUUUUGAACAGUUAUUUACCAGAAAUUUUCUCUGCUGAUGUCUCUUUGUUUUUGAUGCAAAGAGAAAGAAUUUUAUGUAAUGAUAGAAAUAUUAAUAAAAUUGAAAAGAGCAAAAGUGACAAAAUCACUUCACCUGACCAAAAACAAAAAGAAAAUAAAGAUGCUUCUAAAAAUGACAAAGUCACUUCACCUGACCAAAUUAAAACUAUUAAUUUUGGUGUAUCUAAAAGUGACAAAAAUCAUGAUGAAUCUCAAUCAAAAACAAAUUAUCAUGAAGUUGUAAAAAGUGACAGAAAUUCAUUUAAUGAAAAUGCUGAAAAUAAAAGUGAUAAAAACAUUGAAGUUGAGAAAUCUUCUAAUGAUAAAAGUAUUGACUCAAAUGACAACAAAAAUAAAUCGGAUUCAGAAAUGAAAAAUAUUAGAUUUGGUUUGGUUUCUAAUUCUCAAGGAAAUUUCAAUGAAAAAGUUACACCAGUUAUGACAAAUUUGACACCAAAUCUAUUGGUAAAUGUUGUAACUUAUUCAAACAAACCGAGUAUAUGUGGAUACAGCUAUCCACAAUUUACAACUGAUCCAAAAGACAGAGGAACAUCAAAUGAAAUUGAAAGUCAACUUAUAAAAAGUGACGAGUUCAUUCAAUUUUAUUUGAUUCCAAAAGUCGUAAAUAAAUCCAAAUACAGAGAAUUAUUGUUGUCAUUUAGUACUCCUGUUGCUUUAAGUCCUUUAGUUCGAAAAUAUGUUUUAAGAGCUUUGUUAAACAAAGGAAACAAAUUUUCUCAUGAAAUUGAAGGAUGUUUGAUUUCUUCAAAUGUUUCUUAUUUCGGAAAAUUCCUUUUCUCUGAUUCAAAGUUUUGGUUUUUACCUUUGAAAGAAAACGAACAAAGUAAAUUUGAUACAAUUCUCGGUAGUUUUGUCGGAGAUUAUUUCACAAUUGAAGGAGUUCCUGUUUUAGAAUAUAACAUGGAGAAUUUGUUGUAUUUUAGUCAAUCAGCGACAAACUUGAAUGUUUAUUUCACAAAUGGUUUGAAUAUUUUAAUAAUGGUUGAUCAAAAUAAUUUAUUAAAUAUCUCCAAAGUUUUCGAACCAAAACUCAAACAAAAUAUCAAGAAACUACCAGGAAAUAUUGUUAAAUCUUCACCUUUUUCGUUUACAAAAUUAUUGAAUAUGUCUAUAGAAGAAAUAACAACUUCUUGGCAAAAUUUAGGAAUUGACAAUUUCAAUUUUUGUAAAAUACUGAACAUUAAAAACGGAUUUAAUUGGAUUGGGCCAAAUUACAUCAAAAGUCCGAACAUUAAAUCACAAGUAAAAAUAGCUGAAGGAAUGUUCAACGAGAAAUAUGUUUUAGAACUUAAUAACAUUGGAAAUCUGCAUCAAUGGAUAAAUACGACAUUUAAUUUGAACAUUGAAAAUAGAGUGUCAAAUCCUCCACCUGUCAUUCAUUUGAUGUCUAAACCAAAUCUUUUGUUUUGGCAUCAUAUUAUUAUAAAUAAUUUCAAAGGAAAACCAAAGGCAAUUCAAAUUGGUGAAGACAGAGUUAUCGUUUUUACAAAAAUUGGUUAUAUUUUGCCGCCUUUUAAUAAAACGGUUUUGACACUUGAUAGAGAAAAUUGUCAAAUUUCGGCCGUUAGUUUACCUGACUAUCAAAAAACGGUUUUGAAAUCUGACAAAAAUUUAAUAACCGCUUGUAAUUUUGUCAUUUCAUCUGACACUUUUUAUUUGUUAGUUGGACACUUUGAUUACUAUGUUGAUCUUUUCAAGUUGGUUUUCAUUGAAAACGAAGUAUCUGAAAUUGUUUUUGUUUCAAGAAUUUUGUUGGAUUCGAAACCAGAAAUUAUGGCAAUUUCAAGUUGUCACUUUUUAAUUUUUAUUUCGCAUGGGAAAAUCAUUGAAAGAAUUAAUAUUGCGAAAUGUCAAAAACUGGAACCAUUGGUUCUAGAUUUUGUUCCUGUUUCUAUUUUAAUUGAUGAUUUUGCUGCGAUUUUAACUGUAAUUGGAAAAGAAAAAUUUUUGAUUAUGGAUUUCAACGGCCAAAUCAAAAAUGAAGUGAAAUUUGAGAGUGAUUGUAUUUGUGCUGUUUCAAGUCAAUUACCUCUUGGAGUUCCAAACAGAUUCUUCGUUACAGAACAUUCAAACGGUGUUUUGAAUUUCUGGCAUUACGAGAAUUUGAUAAGAACUUUAGAAACAGGUUUGGAUGAUAUUUUAUGUGUUUCCAUUGAUAAUGCAUCACAAAGAGUUGCAUUUUGCACGUCAUCGAAAGCUUUUGUGAUUUCAUUCUUUGGAAAUUCUUGUUAUCCUUUGAUUCCUGAACACGCUGAUACAUGUUGUGUUUGUGGAACAAAGAUUUUGAAUUCUGUUUGCACUUGUAAAUCAUGUCAUAGAUUUAUUUGUGAAAAAUGCUUCCAGAAGAAGAUCGGAAUUAUCAAAAUACAAACAGGAUAUUGUACGGAUUGUCAACAAUUACUUUAA